UUGCAGAGAUUAAAUGAACUGGAUUCAAAAUUACCUACGGAUCCACGUCGUCUAUUAUCAACGUCACGGAAUAAGAAACCUAUAUCAUCUAUAGAAGGAGGCCAAUACUGGCAUCAAGGGAUUGAAAUUUGCCUUAGACGGUGCUUCGCCAAUUUGAACGAAUCAUGUUCAGUUUUGAUCAACAUCAACAUUGAUGGACUACCCUUGUUCAUUAAUGGUACAGAUCAAGUGUGGCCAAUUUUGUUCAAUAUCCAUAGUAUGCCAGAAAGAUUCCAUGACCGCUCGAAACCGAAGAAAAUCGAACAAUUUCUAGAGCCGUGUGCGAGUGAAAUCCUUCCAAUUUUAGAGAAUGGAUUGGUAAUUAUCGGGUUUGAGAUGCUUGUAAAAAUUCGAACAUUUAUUUGUGAUUCACCUGCUCGAGCGUUUAUAAAAGGGGUAGUGAAUUUCAGCUCAUCACACGGCUGUUUUAAGUGCUGCACAGUUGGUCAUCGUUGAACUUUAUUACGAACUAACAUAUUUCCCAACACUUCAGCAAUUCGUAGAACUGAUUCUGGCUUUCAAGAAUGGAUGUAUGAAGGACAUUAUCAACACUACAAGAUUCGGGAAAAUGGAAAGUUAUUCAAGUAA